GGGUACGUAGCAGUUAUCCAACAAUGUCUGGUGAGUCAGGCCAGCCGCAGGCUGGUCCCUCACGUGCUGGGCUAGAUUUGCCGAACCUUGAGAGAAAUCGGGCUGGGGUCCCGGGAGGGGUGAUCCGAAGGGCUGGUGCCCAAGCGCCCAGAUCCUGGAUCCAGAAGGUUCUUGAGCAGAUAAUCGGCUCACCUCGCCAGUGGGUUACCCCCUCAGAGGUAGUGCCUGUCUUUGUGCUAGCCGUCCAGAGAUACCUGUUAGAGGAUGAGCCACGGGACACGGUGCCCAAGCCUCCUCUUUACUGCUAUGAUGUGACGAUCUCGGACGGGGUGUACCGGGAGAAGUGCUACCUGGACCCCAGCUUAAACUUUCUCGUACAUCAAAAUAUUCUUAAAGUUGGCAUAGAAAUGAGAAUUUGCAGAGUCUCGUGUCUUUACAACGAGAAAAGGUUAGGCCAGGGGAUCCUGUGCAUAGAUAAUGUCCGAUGUGGGGAUACCUCAGACGCGAUUUCUGUAGAAACUCCCUUCAGAAAUAGAGCGCACGGGGAGAAACCAGAGAGGCCUUUAAGGGGCGGGAAAAGUCAUUACCUGGCGCUGUGGAACAACGAAGAUCCAUAUGGAGAUAUCUGGUUAACCGACAAGCAACCCGAGGAACACAAUUUUAGCGAUACCAAAAUAAUAUCACUUUCUCGCCUUGAAAUGACCUGGGCUAACAGAAGAAGUUUUCCUGCAUUGCUUGUGAGGAUCUUGCAUAAAUCAAAACUGCGAUACUAUGGGAAACCUGAUAAAAAGAUGAUUGAACCGUACCAGACCUUUUUGGAAGUUGCUGACAGUUCAGGAACGGUGUCAGUGAUUAUGUGGAAUGCCCUCUGUCCUGAAUGGUAUAAAAGUUUGCGGGUUGGUUUAGUUCUCCUGCUCCAAGAUUAUUCUGUUAAAAAGAGUUAUCCAUUCAGGAUGCAGCCUAUCCCUGUGGAUCCAGAGAUCAAACUAAUUUCUACAAUGGAAAUCUGCCUGAAUCUUCGAGAUCCUCCAACAAAUAUAAUUAUCAUUCCAGAAAAGCAGGUGAAACCAGAAUGGAGACUGCCAAGAUUAAAUCACCGAUUUAUUACAAGAUCAGAACUGGAUGAUAUGCCAAUAAAUCAUAUCUGUGAUGUAAUUGGCAUUUUAGUUUUUGUCGGAAGGGUCCAGAGGUCAAAAAAGAAAGAAAAUGGUGAAGAUUUUUGGUCAUAUCGCUGGAUUCACAUUGCUGAUGGGACUUCAGAGCUACCAUUUAUAGUGGAACUGUUUUCUACAUCUCAGCCAGAAGUCUUCGAAAAUAUUUCCCCAACGACAUAUUUUGCGUGUACACAAUUGAGAGUUGUCAGAAAUGAUGCUCAAGUACCUAAAUUGCUUUACCUCACCACUACCAAUGAGAGUCGAGUGUUUAUUACUGGUCAUAAAGGCCAGCCGUAUACCUACGAUGCCAAGGUAAAAAACUUUAUUCAGUGGAUUAAAACACGGACCGAUUCUGAGGAAGUGAAGAAUACUGUUAUUGGUGGAUAUUAUCCCUAUCCACCAGUGCCAGAGACAUUUUCCAAGUAUAGUAAUUCAGUUAAAGUUGGGUCACUCUUGACAGCUAUGAAUGAAGUGAGAGAGGUGAUUGAAGACUUGCAGUACAGGGAACAAAAGCGCAUUGCAGUUCAGGGGAUAAUUACUGUUAUAAAGUAUGUCACCCAUAGUCGCGCAACUGAAAACGCCUCAGCAUCAGAAACACUUCGGAAUGCUAACCAACCCUCAACAUCUCAAGCAGCUAGAAGAGAAAUUCAAAGUCCUGAGAGAAAUGGUAAACGACCUCUAGAGGAUGAGCCUAGGUGUUCUCAGUCUUUUCAAGCUGCAACUGCAAGUUCCAGUCAGAGCAAUAAAAUAAGAAUUGUUCAAGGCCCAUGUGCUAAACCAGUUGCUGUACCUCAGCUAGAAGCUUCUGUACAAGCAAAAGGAAAUAAACCAGGCACGCCAAGCACCCCCCUACGUAUGUUACUGUUUAACAGAAAAAACAAUAUCACUUUUAAUAUUUUGUAGAAAGCCAGAAAAACUACAAGUGAUAGGUGGGAGAGUCAGCUGUGGAGAGAAAAAAAGUUUGGCUUAAUAGAUCACCUGCAUUACAGCCAUGUUUAUCCUGAAAGUAUUCCACGGAAAUUUAUUUCCGAACACAGAAAGUUUCUUAGUGAGCAGUAUAAUUCUCAGCCUGCAAAAUACAUACCACCAGAAGGAAGGCCUCCAAAACUUGAUGAUUUUGAGAGUGCCCGAAGCCUUGGACAUUUUGAAGUAACCAUCCUAGGUCUCAACCAUGAGAUAGCAAUUGAUGUCGCAUUCCUACCCAUGUAUUCUCCAGAAGAUGUCCGAACAUCUCAAAUAGACACACUGUUAACCUGCAUGAAUUACAGCUGUGUAUAUCCACAGGGCUUAACUGGCAAUGACCAACCGCAAGGUCCAAGAGCACUUGCCGGUGAUAUUAUAAAAGCAGCAAGUGAACUGGAUAGAGCCCAUAUCAUCGGUAUCUUGGAUAUCUGUAAUUUGGGUAACAAUAAAGUGGAAGUGUAUUUGCAGAAAAUUUAUAGUCCAAAGAAUACUUCUUAA